GGCUUUCAAUCGCCCGGCACGGCUUAUUUAGCGUCCAAGCCAUGCAAUUGUGGGUAGCCUUGCUUAGCGGCGAAAAGGCGGCUCUUGAAGUGUCCACUACCAGCAGCGUCCGUUCUGUAAGAACGCUGGCCCAAACGGCGUUGCGCAGGCCAUUGUUGGGCUUGGCACGCUCCGAUUCUCCAACAGAGGUGCCACUGCCAAAAGAUUCCACAUUGGAUGAGUUGCAGAUUCCUGAGAACAGCGUGCUCUAUGCGCUCGUUGGCCGGCUACGUGUAAAGUCCACACGCUUUGCCUUUGCAGCCUGUCAGGGGGAUGGCUCUGCCGUAGCUUGGGGCUCUCCCUUUGCUGGAGGUGACACCAGUGAGGUGGCCGACCAGCUUGCGGAGGAUGUUCAGGAUGUUUCUGCGAAUCUGAUGGCCUUUGCCGCUGUAAAGAUUGAUGGCAGCGUUGUGACGUGGGGUCAUCAGUCAUGUGGGGGGCAAAUCAGCACUGAGCUCAAGGCGCGCCUGAGUGGGAACAAUGGAGUUAGGAAGAUUGUUGCCAGCCACCGGGCCUUUGCUGCUUUGAAACGCGAUGGAAGCGUGGUGUGCUGGGGCUGUCACUUCCACGGGGGGCAAACACCCAGUCUUUGCUGCAAAGAUCUCAGCAAUAUAUUUUCCACGACUGGUGCCUUUGCAGCUGUGGACAGCAAGGGUGCCGUAGUCACAUGGGGGCAUGCAGCUUCCGGUGGCGACAGCACACCCGUGGCUGAUCAACUGCAGGAGGGCAUUACCCAAGUGUGCUCCAACAACUCUGCAUUCGCCGCUCUGCGCCGAGAUGGUGCGGUCGUGGCAUGGGGAGCGCCACAUGCCGGCGGCCAGCCGGACCUGGAAGCUCUAAACAGUGGAGUCAUCAAGGUCUUCUCGACGGACGCCGCCUUUGCGGUGCUUCGAGCUGGCGGUGAAGUCGUGUGCUGGGGCGAUGCUUUGUUCGGAGGAUGCAAGCAGGUCCAGCUCGAGCGUGGCGUAUUAGACCUUUGCUCCUCCGGAUCUGCGUUCGCUGCGUUGCGGGAAGAUGGAUCAGUCGUGAGCUGGGGCAAUGAACUGGCCGGAGGUGACUGUUCAAGUGUGCAAACUCACUUGGACAACUCUGUGACCCGGCUUUUUGCUACAAGCGCUGCCUUCGCAGCAGUGAAAGCCGAUGGAUCUGUUGUGACAUGGGGUGACCCCAACGCUGGAGGUUGCAGUGAUGGCGUGCAGAAUCAGCUUCAGGAAGUGCAGGACAUUUAUGCAAGCCAUGCUGCCUUUGCAGCAAUUCGGAAAGAUGGCUCUGUCGUUGCCUGGGGCAGCCCUGUCUACGGUGGAAACACCAGCCGCGUGGAGGAUCAGCUCACUUCAGGAGUUGUCCGCAUCUACCCGGCAGAGUGUGCCUUCGCAGCAGUGAAGCGUGAUGGCACGCUGGUGACGUGGGGUUAUCCUAGAUAUGGUGGGAGCUGCGAAGCUGUUCGCCAUCAACUAGUCGCUGAAGUGCUGAGAGCGUCCUCUGAAUGUUGUACUCCACGAUGAUGAGCAAAUGACCCACGGACCUUUGAAACACGAUGCUUUUACUUCAUUGACACCUCUCCAACCGGCAACGCCACAGAAGCUUGCCUGGAAGCAAAG